UGGGCUGGUCGGUGGCGUGGGUUUGGGGUCUCCGUUGCUUUGCCCGAUUAUAAGACGCACCACUCUCGCCGGCGCUGCGGUUUCAUUUUACAAGCUUUUACUUAACUCAUUUAAAUUAAAAAAAAUUGAGGGGCGCGUCUCGUAGUUUGGCCGGUGUGCGUGCGAGCGUGUGUGUGUGUCGCCGGACAGAUUUGUACAACUGCAUUGACACCCAACACACACACACACGAUUUCGGGUUGCGGCUCUUACUUUCCGGAGCUCCGGAGAAUGAAUUCGUGCUUUUAGAGUGGUCCAUUCAUGGAUAUUUUACGUCCAGCCCUGGUUGCUGCGGCUCUCUGAAGGGCUCUGGGUCAGCCCUACAUUGCUUGUUGAUUUCUCAACCGGCCCGACUUUUACGUCCAACCCUGUUUCCUGGAGCCCCCCCCCCCCCCCCCAGUUCACGUUGGAGGUCCCUGGUCUAAGUUCCUGGAUGCUAGGCAUCCCGUGAUCCCAGCGCCGAUUGCUGGAGGAGCCCCCCCCCCCGCCACCUGCUCCAAUGUCUUGAUGCUGGAAGAGGUCCCUGUCCCCCUCCAAAUCCCUUGAUGCUGGAGGAGCACCCGACGUACGCAUGGAGGCGGCGCGACUUGAGCAUCUGUCCGUGCUGCUGGAGGACGCCGACUACCUGGUGCUGGACAAGCACUGGGACCUGCGCAUCGACAGCACGAGGCGCCGCGAGACGCUGACCGUGCAGCAGCAGCUGCGCCACCGCUACCCGCAGCUCCUCGACCCCAGCACCCGGCACGGAUUCAGGUUCUGCCACCAGCUGGACUACGCCACGAGUGGAGCCCUCUGCGUGGCCCUGAGCCGCCAGGCUGCUGGAGGGGCCUUCCGGGCCUUCAGUCAGCGGCGAGUCGCCAAGGCGUACCUCGCUCUGGUGAGGGGACACGUUAAAGAGGAGCACAUGACCAUUGACUAUGCAAUUGGGAAGGACACCAGGGAGGGACAGACACACAUGAUGUGCGUGGAGGCCACCCCAGGCUGCGACAACCCCAAGCCAUGUCUCACGGAGCUCACGGUGCUACAGACCGGUCGCUACGGCGACGACCCCGCCACCAAGGUGCUGCUGCAGCCCGUAACAGGCCGCACGCACCAGCUGCGCGUGCACUGCGACGCCGUGGGCCACGCGAUCGUCGGGGACUACACGUACAGCCUGCGCGCCGACACGGCGCCGUACCGCACCAUGCUGCACGCCGCGCUGCUCCGCAUGCCGCUCGGAGAACGCACGGUGCAGGCGGAGGCGCCCGACCCAUUCGUGCCAGACGUUGACCCGAGCUGGUGCCCCGAGCAGACACUGCGGAGCGUCGACGAGGCGCUUGCCGAGGUGGUGAGGAAGGCCGUCGCCACGGAGGCGAGGCUAGCCACGGAGGAGGCGGAGGCGGAGUUGGCACGGCGACGCAUGGCAAGUACGAGGAGCGCCAGGCCGGUCAGCGAGGCGGCGACGGAGGGUCUGCAGCGCUGGCUGCAGGAGUGGCCAGCCGACCUCUAACCCCAGGCGUGCGACCUCUAAUUCGGGUCAGGUCAAGUUGGCGCCAGCACCACCAAUCGUGGGGUGGUUUGGAAGCACGCUCCCAAGAGAAUGCUGCCAUGCACGCCUUGUUUUGCGAGUGUACAGCAACCGAAUGUUCUUCUGGAGAGGCCGAAUGCACCUUACCGUCACAGGUGUGUGUGGGGCGUCCAUCACGUGCUCGAGACUUCACUGCAAACUAUAGUCUCCGUUAGCCAUUCUCAACACACUGCGGGGUGACCUCUCCCGAGUGACUCCACUAACCUUUUGCCACUCCUGCCGAUCUUCUCUGGAUCUCCUUACUCCCAAUGUAUCGUUGGUUUCCUUCAACACAGCAUCCGACCGUUUCCUGCGUAUAAACAACCCCCAUCGUCAUUUAAAAAUACAAGCACCUCCCCUCUAGAUCCUGAGGUGCUUGUCAUGCUCUCUGUGCAGUGCCUUUAGAUGCUAAACAAAUCAAACUGCUUUGCAAUAUACAACCUUCAUUAAUCCGGGCCUGUAGUACUCAUCUGUGAGCAUAUAUUCACCCACGUUUUGUGCUACUUUAUAACAACAGUCAUGAAUAGCCUUCAGUUCCUUUGACACUGCCAGAACGAGGUCUCUCUCCUCCCCCAUACUUCGCCACGCUUGUCAGUGCGGGUCGGUGAAGUGAGGGGAGCGCAGCCAGGACUGGGUUUAGAUAUCGCUCGCCACCGAUGCUGUCCGUCCUACGCGAGAGUCAAACCUCGGGUCGCCCGGUUCUUUGAGUGGGGCGCGCGCUGACCAUUGCGCCGCCGACUCGCCGUUAAUAAAGCGUUGAACAAGUUAAGAAGCUUUUUACAUUAUUAUUU